AUGUGCAGGAGUUAUUCGGAAAUUGCAACCAGAUGCCAUCUGGCGUGUCGAUGCAAGCAACAGGAUACGGAUACAGAUCCGUAACAUUUACAGUGAUAUUUUAAGUGGCGCUUGCCACCCGCCAGUCGCCACCGCAGACUAUCAUCGCUACACCCCCGCUCUACCCCGUUCCACCCCGGGUUGACAUCUCAGCAUUGCACCGAAUUAGCUACUAAUUCGAAACAUGCCCUUACGAGGAAGUCGCCUUUUAAGAGGUUGACAGCUUGAAAUGGAUACCUUCGAUCGGGCUAACGAACGUUACGAAAUUCAACAUAGGGGAAAAUGGGUGAGUCACUGUCCUUACUUAUGAUACAACUUUUGAUUGUCUUCAAUCAGCAUUUCUUUAUCAUUUAUAUGUUCAAGCGAAUAUAGUAAAACCGAG